UAUCCAAGUAUAGAAACGAAAAAGUCUUUUGCCACUGCUUUCUAAAGUUUUAAGUUUUCUAACAGAUUUUAGUGAUGUUGUUAAUUCUAAGUAACCGACCAAUUGUUGCUAUCUCAUGCUGCCUUGUUACGUUACCCACUUGACCAUUCGAAUUUUUUCCCUGUAAGGCUUCGGCAGUAUAUUGAUUCGAGAAAAACAAAAAAAUCGAAAUAUACUUAUAGUAAAGAUACUACUGCCAUCUCAAGUUGUAACAAUUAGUCAUUGCUGGCAUCCUACCAAAUCCGUUGUAAGAACCGAAAUAGCGACUUUUGCAGUUAGCCCUUUUCGUUACUCAGGUUAUUUUAGUUCAUGCAACCAUGUUGCAUAUUUAUCAAAAAUCCUAGCAAAAGUGCCCCCGCCAAAAUUCUUUAAUGGAGAACAGUGCACCGCGAUGGAUCAAAAUGAUCUUUGGACUUUGGCUUUUUGAGUUCUGCUGUGCUUGCUGUUUGGCUUCCUCCUCCGCGGACAAUGGUUCAGACUCCUGUGAAGGCACAACCUGUGGCAAUGUCCUCGGAACAUGUCGCCAUUCUAAAAGCGAUUGAAAUGGCGGAGAAAAAGAUUAACAUGAACAAUAUGAUCACGCUGCCAGAUCCAUAUCCCGAAAAGCCAAAAGCACACCAGCCAUUGCAGCGCCUGCCAGUGGAACGUCCGUUGAUUGGAAGUUCGGUCACCUUUGUAUGCAGCCCAGAAGCUCCAUUUGGGUUAGAUCACUUAAACUUAAACCCCUCGCGUUUUCUGGGUGAUAUUGUGUGGAAACACGCAGGUCGGACUAUUGAUACUGCUGACAGCGGGUACAAUUACACCGUGUACGGUUCCAACAGCACUCUACGCAUCAACAAUGCGACCUUUCAGGACGCUGGAAACCUUGAAUGCUUUCAGCGCUGCCAACGGCCUACGGCUGACAACCUAUGCCUUAGAAGCGAGUAUCAUUUGAUCCCGCAGCCGCGGACUAGCAGUGACCUUUUUAUGAACCCAUUGAAGCCUGUUGUGCUAGAGCCGUUCAGAAAAUUUUCAGCUACAUGCGAUGUACGGUUUGUUUGCCUGCCGGAUUCCGAUCCGUUUUUUAUUUGGAAAUAUAAAGGAGUUUUCUUGUCUACACCGAGAUAUCAUUUCAUCAACAGUGUUAUCUAUUUGCGACCAGAACGAAACAUUCAUGGCGAGCUGACCUCCAAUUACUCGAAAGCCGGUGAACAGUCGUAUUGUUCGGAGACUUUGACACUGACAUGGAACGAAGUACACUAUGGAGGGUGGUUGGAGUGCUGGAUCCGAGUCGAUAUCACUAAGGAGGAGUGGUAUGUGCAAACACACUGUGUUAAUUUCCAAUAAUGUGCGAGCGCAAGAUUUUCUUAACACAUGGUCUUAUAGAGUCGUUGAAAAAACAAUUAGCGUCCGUAUUUCGUUUCUCGUGUUUUUUAUCACUCCUCCGAUGAGCGAUUAAUCAAAAAUAUUACUGUUAUUCUCUAAUGCGACAGAGAAUAUACAGCUAUAGUACUUCUAUAGAAAGACGUGUACGAAUAAAA